AUGAAGGGCGCUCUUGCUACUCUGCUCUUGGGUGCUGCAUCCGUUCGCGCUGGUAACGUUAUUUGGAGUGGGAUCUUCAACUCAUCUGCUACCGUCGCGAAUUUCGACAAAUGGUCGUGGUCAAACCAAAUUCAACCGUGGCAGUGGUACAUCCAUGGGUCGGGAGCUACGACUGAGUACCUAGAGUUGUCGCCUAGCUUCAAGAACCCUGCGGAUACGAGUGAUGCUCAGGGUAUCAAGAUCACCAUUGAUGGAACCGCGUUCUGGAAUGGGCAGACCAUGGAACGAUCCGAGAUUAUUCCUCAGACUUCGACUAACCUCGGAACGGGACACCUGUAUUACCACUUCUCCCUUUCGACUUCUUCGACGAAUCCGCCUAACGCGGGAUUCGAACAUCAAAUUGCGUUCUUUGAGAGCCACUUCACGGAAAUCAAGUACGGACUUAUCUCGGGCGAAGCGGGGACUACAGAUAAUUUGUUGCGAUGGGACGUCAGCAGUCAGACGCAGUGGUCUACACAGCUGGAGGCAGGUACCUGGUACAACUUUGCCUACGACAUCGACUUCGGCGCGAACACCGUUGGUCUGUGGGCUUCUACUGGCUCGGACCCGCUCACGCAGGUCGUAGCGCCAGUGAGUGCGUCGACCUCCACAAACUCGGAGGAUUGGCACAUUGGAGAACUGCGUUUGCCGAAUGGCGGGACGGAUGCUGAUGCAGAGGAUUGGUUCUGGUCUGGAAUCUUCAUUGAGGAGGGACCGAUUACGACGAGCAUUGCGGGACCGUUCCCUGGACAAGGUGGGUCGGCUGCAGGCAGCCCAGGCAGCAGUAGUGCACCAGCGUCGAGCCCUGCAGGCCCCACGUCUGCCCCUGCGUCGACCACCGUCUCGAGGACUUCUAGUGCACCAGCCACGAGCACGUCGGCUACUGGUCCUUUGCAGACUCAGUGGGGACAGUGUGGAGGCACUGGCUACACGUAA